GAGGCGGUACGAGCAGCACCAAACAACUUGUCGUCCAUCUCCGAGUUUUUCAUCUUCUCCUCGUCCAUCAAACGGCUGUGUGCUAUCCAAAAGUGAAAUUGUGACUAAUCGCAGUUGCAUCCUCGCACUUCACCUGUCCUCGGUUGAAGCCAUUCGUUGGAACAUUUGGCUUGCUUUUUCCGCGCGUGCCUCAUCCUUCAUCCUGUCCGAGUCCAUGUGUUUGUUAAUCAUGAUAAUAUAGCUUUGUUGAUGUCUGGUUUUCCAAUGCCAGAAAUCAUUCCACUAUUUCACACCUCGUCACCAUGGCUGAGGCUGCUUUCAAGCAGAUGAUAGCAACCUCGUUACGUCAAACCCGGCCGCAAUCUUUUCGCCACACGAAACCGCUUCGCUAUCCUCAGCGUCCUUUGUCGACCGCAGCAGCUGCGCAGCCGAGGCCAGCUAAUCAAGACACACCUCAAUGGCAAGCGCAUAAAGUGGAAGGGUCAGGACAACCUGCCCCGGAAAGACGUCGUUUGGACAAACUGCGCAAGGAACAAGAACCGCGGUCCUUCUCCUCCUUUUUGACCGACAAUUACUCCAGAGAGCACAACUAUCUGCGUAUCUCCGUCACCGAACGUUGCAAUUUACGAUGCCUUUAUUGCAUGCCCGAGGAGGGUGUUCAGUUGUCUCCAUCAGAGCAGCUGUUGACCACUCCGGAGAUCAUCUACCUGGCCGAGUUGUUUGUCAACCAGGGCGUGAACAAAAUUCGACUGACGGGUGGUGAACCUACAGUUCGGAAAGAUAUAGUCGAGCUCAUGCAUGAAAUUGGGAAUCUUAGGAAAAAUGGAUUGAAAGAACUAUGCAUUACUACAAACGGGAUAUCCCUGCACCGCAAGCUGGAUUCAAUGGUCGAGUCUGGUCUAACUGGGGUGAAUUUAAGCUUGGACACCCUCGAUCCUUAUCAAUUCACCAUCAUGACCCGCAGAAAUGGGCAUGACGCAGUGAUGAAAUCCAUCAACCGCAUUCUGGAGAUGAACAAACUCGGCGCAGGCAUUCGGCUGAAGAUCAAUUGUGUGGUCAUGCGCGGACUGAACGAAAGAGAAAUACUGCCGUUUGUCGAACUUGGCAGAGAACAAGACAUCGAAGUGCGCUUCAUCGAAUACAUGCCAUUUGACGGCAACAAAUGGUCGGAAAAGAAAAUGAUUAGCUUUGGCGAGAUGCUCGCGCUUAUUCGGCAAAAGUAUCCCGACGUCCAAAAAGUUCAAGACCACAAGAAUGACACGAGCAAAACAUACCAGAUUCCCGGUUUUGUUGGUCGCAUUGGUUUCAUCACCAGCAUGACGCACAACUUCUGUGGCACAUGCAACAGACUUCGCAUUACUGGUGACGGCAACUUGAAGGUUUGCCUUUUUGGAAAUGCGGAAGUCUCCCUUCGUGAUAUCCUUCGGGAAUCUAACAAUGGAAGGCCUAUUGACGCUGAAGCCAUGGAGGCCAUCAGGCAAAUCGAAAUGGACCGACGACAAGGCCUUCCAGAUAGUACUGGUGAGUUGGGGUUCUCUGAAAAGGAAGCCAGAUUACUCGACGUGAUCGGCAUGGCUGUCAAACGGAAGAAGGAAAAGCAUGCCGGCAUUGGCGAGCUGGAAAACAUGAAGAACAGGCCAAUGAUUUUAAUCGGUGGAUGACAUGCCCUCUUCUUCUCCCACCUCUCCUUUGCCUCGAUCGUACUCAGAGCUUCAGUCCAGCACGCAUCCCAGCAAAUAUCUCUCGUCAUCUAUACCUUUCCACCUGUUAGGAAGUUCGACACCUAGCAUAUCUCGGCAACAAUGGCGGCACUUCUCAUUCACCACGGCACCCAAUUCAGCACUCUCUCGUCGAUGCUAUCAUGAUUCAGCUUCACAACCAACAGGGCCGAGGCGAGCCCUAACCAAGAACACAUUCCGCUACAUUCGCUGUCAAGAAGCAUUUCGCUUCCUUCCGACGACCGAGCCGGAAAACAUCCCCUCUUUCAGAAGCCAUACCUGGCCCGAAGCCAGGGCUCGACUCAAACAACGCAAGCUAUCUUCCCAAGAAAAUGUGCGCCACAGCUCCUCCUCAUCAUCAGAAUUUGAGAAGGAUCCUCCCGAGCUGAACCAUCUCACAUCAGAUGGUGAAGCUCACAUGGUUUCGAUCUCGGGUAAGGUCCCAACAAGACGAUCCGCCACGGCAACCACCGUUCUGCUCUUCUCCGACCCUCAGACGUACAGAGCCUUGCUGGCAGCUCGUCUGCGCAAGGGUGAUGCCAUAGCUGUGGCUCGCAUCGCCGGAAUCCAAGCCGCAAAGAAGACGGCCGACCUCAUCCCACUCGCCCAUCCCGGCCUGUCCAUCACGGGUGUGAAGGUCCGCCUGGAGCCGUUCAUGAGUGAUCAACUCCCCAAGCCGUUCACCGCCGGGUCCCUGGGACUGAGCCCAGACACGCUGAGAUUUGGCGGCGUCGCGGUCAUGGCUACGGUCGACUGCGAAGGCAAAACAGGCGUAGAGAUGGAGGCCAUGUCGGCCGCCUCCGUCGCCGGCUUGACCAUGUACGACAUGCUCAAGGGGGUGGACAAGGCCAUGGUGUUGACGGCGACUCGAGUCGUUGCCAAGAGCGGUGGCAAGUCUGGAGACUGGGUGUGGGACGAGAAAUCGAACGCAAUUGUCAAAGUCAAGGUCAGUGCCGUCGACAAAGCGCAGAAGACGACUGCCCCCGGAUAUCGGGAGGGUUCGCAAAUUGGCAGGGCCGGUGACACUUCAACAGCCGACGCGGCGAUGUUGAGAGCUUUGGAGCAACAACAUCACGACAUCAAACACAAAAAGAUCGCCUCGUUGACUUCCCACAUGCAGAGGGAGAUUGACAGUGGCGUCCUCAUGCCGAACAUCCGCAACCAUUGGACUCGGUGGGUCGAGAGCGAGUCUCACAACGAACCACCAGAGGCAAACAACGAAAGACGACCGACCUCGACCGGCGACUCUGUCCCCGACACGAGGAACAUGGGCAGCAUGAGUCACAAGCAGUCGACGGAAACGGUCCCGGUCGGCGCACCCUCUGAGGCACACACUCGCGAUAACCAGGAUUCAUCCACGACCAUCCUGCGUCGAGGCAGGGUCAGUACACGCGAGUUUCUGUCCACGAGACGGCAGCGGCUGACGGACAUGCUCGAGAAUGGUGGGGUCCCACAGACGUAUUGAUCAUUUGGUUUUUCUAAUACCACGAUUGUACGUACAACAACAUGCAUGAUUCAUGUGUACGUUAUAUGUACUUGUAUAUCCUGUAUUCUUUUGCGAGACAGAGAAAAAGCCACUGCAACCCCGGCACUCGCACUUACAUGUCAACAACAAAUGUUUAUUUAUUUGGCUCA